UAUUUGGUUCCUUGUAGCAAGGAGAACAUUGGUGUCUGCAUACCUGAGAAAGAACAUUGAAUUUGCUGUUUGGGAUCUUCCUGAUGUCGGAACUACCUGCCCAGGUUGUGCCUGUGUUCCAGGGAGGGCAGCCGACGGAGAGUGCAUCCGAAAACCAUCAAGUAAACACGUCCGAUCUCGCCCGCAGGAGGCUAAGUGAUGACAACUCUUAUCAAGAGCGGAAUGGCCAAUCUCAGAGUGCCAGCAGGCAGACUCAGGAGGAGGAUGAGAGUGAUGAUGAAGAACUGACCCUUAAAUAUGGGGCCAAGCAUGUCAUCAUGCUGUUUGUGCCAGUCACCUUGUGCAUGGUGGUGGUGGUGGCAACGAUCAAAUCGGUGACCUUUUACACACGGAAAGAAGGCCAGUUGUUGUAUACCCCAUUUACAGAAGACACAGAUACCGUUGGAGAGCGAGCUGUAAAUUCCAUAUUGAAUGCCCUCAUUAUGAUCAGUGUCAUCGUUGUGAUGACACUUGUUCUUGUACUUCUCUACAAAUACAGGUGCUACAAGGUCAUUCAUGGAUGGUUGAUAAUCUCGUCUCUCUUGUUGCUUUUCUUUUUCUCAUUCAUCUAUUUGGGGGAAGUCUUCAAAACCUAUAAUGUUGCCAUGGAUUACUUCACGUUGGCAUUGGUGAUCUGGAACUUUGGAGUGGUUGGGAUGGUCUGCAUCCACUGGAAGGGCCCACUUCGGCUCCAGCAGGCUUACCUGAUCAUGAUCAGUGCUCUUAUGGCUCUGGUUUUCAUCAAAUACCUCCCAGAGUGGACUGCCUGGUUAAUUCUAGCGGUGAUCUCGGUAUAUGAUCUGGUCGCAGUGCUGUGCCCCAAGGGUCCCUUGCGCAUUCUAGUCGAGACUGCACAAGAGAGGAAUGAACCAAUAUUUCCAGCUCUGAUCUAUUCCUCGACAAUGGUCUGGUUGGUUAAUAUGGCAGACACUGAUCCAGAAGCCCGGUCGAACCCUCCGAAAGAUUCUGGUUUGCCACCACCCGGCCUUGCCCUCAAUCAGACUUGUGCUGACGAUGGCCCGACCCAGGUAGACGAUGGGGGCUUCACUCAGGAAUGGACAAACAGCAGAAAUGCCAGGUUGGGUCCUAUGGAAUCGACCCAGGAGAGUCGGGCAGCCGUGCAGGCUCUGCCUAGCCCUCCAGUAGCAAUUGAAGAUCCUGAGGAAAGGGGUGUGAAACUUGGAUUAGGUGACUUCAUAUUCUACAGUGUCCUUGUUGGAAAAGCAUCAGCCGCAGCAAGUGGAGACUGGAAUACGACUCUGGCCUGUUUCGUAGCAAUAUUAAUUGGUUUGUGCCUUACUCUGCUGCUGCUUGCCAUCUUCAAGAAGGCACUGCCAGCACUGCCUAUCUCCAUCACCUUUGGCCUGGUUUUCUAUUUUGCUACUGAUAACCUGGUCCGCCCCUUCAUGGACCAACUGGCUUUGUAUCAGUUUUAUAUCUAGUGUUUGUUUUGGAAUAAAUGUUUCAAGUUGUACUGUAAAACUUUCAUGCUGAGCACUGGAAAAGGAUCUUGUUUUUUUGUUGUAACUGGUAUAACCAUCUCUCAAGUAGAGAACAAUAAAGUUGUAUGGGACCUCUGUGGAUUAUAA